CAAAACCACCACGUAAUUAUUGAGCCAAACGUGCACAUUCGGGUAAAAAGUUCCUCUGUCUCGGUCCAGAUUAGCCGCUCUUGCGACGGCGUAAUGGCCCUCUCUGUUUGCCGGUACCGGAGUUACGGUUUUGUGUCGCCGUUAAUUCGGUGCUUCAGGUCACAAGCAGCAUUGAAAGCGUUGGCUAAAGCGUCGGAAGACAAAAUGCCAAACCUCAUCCUCUACAAUUAUCCUUCAUUUUCCGGAGCUUUUGCUGCGCUAUUCGCUCACCUCUAUCACUCUCGUCUCAACCUCUCUUACCUCGUCUUGCCUUUUUCUUCCGUUGAACCCUUCAGAGUUGAAGACUUGUGUAUUGACGGGCUGCAGAAUUGCUACUUUCUUUAUUUUGUUUGGUUCCGUUAA